AUGUUCCCGAAGCUGCGCGAAGCAUGCCGGGAGCGGCUCCCGGGCCCCGGGGGCCCUCCGAUCCCAGAAGUCCCCGCGCUCAUUGCCCGGGGCCCGGCUCCCAAACCGCCAGCAGCGAAGGUUCCAGAAGGGCCGCUGAACUGUCACGUCUGUGAGAGGGAAAACGACUUCGGCUGUGUGAACCCCAGGGACUGUCCCCAGAACACGGAGUUUUGUUCUACCGCAGCCGUGAGGCUGUUCCCGCGUUUCUUCUACGUGUCGAAGCAGUGCUCCAAGUACUGCCCCGUCCACGCCCCGUCGUCGGCAGCGGAGGCCAGGUCCUUCGUCCUGGAGAAGCCCACGCCCUUCAUCUACGUGCGCUGCUGCCGGUUUCCCCUGUGCAACAGCUACACCCCCAACGUCACGGAGUUCAGAGAGUUCAGAGAGGCCGGCCGGGCCCCCGGGGGGCGGGGCGGCGGUGCUGGGCUGUCGUUGCUGCUGGCGCUGCUGCUGGCGCUCAGCUCCGGGUCCCUGGGCCUCGGGCUGUGCUGA